AUGUUUCCAUGGAUGCGUGGACAAAUACUGGAAGCCUGGAGUAGCAGACGGAGCUCUCGAGAACCCGGGAGACGCUCCUCUGCUCUCUCCUCUGCGGACCCAGGAAAUCCCUCUAGAAAUUCAGGUGCCACAAUGUUUGUGUCACCACAGUCAAGCCCCGAGAGUUUCUCAGUCAACAUUAUCAGUUUGGAGGGACACGUGUUUGGCAUCAACAUCAAGCCAGACUUUACUAUAGAAAAAAUUAAAACAGUUGCAACUAAACACUUUUAUGGACAAGACACAUCAAAGCCUUCAUCAUGCUUUAGAUUAGUUCAUGCGACAAAACUAAAGUCAUUAUCUGAUGAAAAAAAGGCAGAGGAAGAGGGUAUUGAAAAGUUUGAUGAGUUGCUGAUGGUUGAGAUCCAUCCAGUUAUAAUAAAAGAAAAUCUAACCGAAGAGGUAUUAAAAGGACCUAGUGAGGAGGUGAUAGCUCGAAUCACCGCAGGACUUCCGAUUAAAAACCCAUCACGACCUGCACCGAGUGCCGAUUGCCCAGCUGAUUUUCAGAAUGAAAUAAGAAAGAUUCUCAUCACACUGGUCCAGACUUCUGCAAAGCUCUUGAACCACAGUCCUGAAGCGGGUAAAAUUUAUGAGGUAAUUAGGGAAAGAUGGGAGGCCAGAUGCAAACCACCAAAUGAUCCCAAGUCUGUUAAAUAUCUCAUGGAUAUGGGCUUCUCGGAGAAGAAAGUAUUGAAAGCUCUGCGUCUCAGGAAGAUGAAUACUUCUGAAGCACUUGAGUGGCUCAUAGAGCAUGGAGAUGAUCCAGAUGAAGAAGAUUUUGAGCUACCAUCGUUAGACGCGAGUCUGGAUGUGGAUACAGGAGGACCUAGUUCCUCAGGUACUUCGGGCAGAAGGAGAAGUCUCAAGGAAGCAUGUGUCGAUUUGUUCAAAGGAGGUAGUCAGAGUUCCAAAAGAGAGCCGAACUUGAUUAACGUCGUCGCUGUACUGUUAGAAUCUUUUCGACAGUUCAAAAAACUCGAUUUCAAACCAAACACAAAAGUGAUGUCCUCACUUCAAGAGAUGGGGUUUGAUGAAAAAAAAAUCAUAGAAGCACUGAAAGUCACUGGAAAUAAUCAACCAAAUGCAUGUGAAUGGCUCUUAGGUGAGAGACGCCCUAGCUUAGAAGACUUGGACGAAGGCCUGGACCCGGAUGGGCCAAUUUAUAAAGCAAUUAUGUCAAAUCCUCACAUACAACUCAGUCUCACCAGUCCAAAAAUGUUACUAGCAUACUUAUCGAUGCUAGAGAGUCCAAAGUCAGCAAAUAUCUGGAUAAAUGACCCAGAAGCUUCACCAGUGUUGAGUCAAAUUUUCAAAACCUACCAUGCCGAAAAGCAUGCCAUUCACAUGAACCGUUUUGUCGAGAGCUAACAGUAGCAAAGUGUAGAAACUGUUUCAGAAUCACAGAAACAAAA